ACUAUGUCCUUUGCUUAUUGUGAGCCAAGACCAGGAAUUUAUGAAGGAAAAGGCCAGGAUUGUAAAGGACACUGGAUUUGAUCCCGUAUGGAUUCCAGUAGAUAAAGUGAAUGAAAAAUACAAGACAAGUUUUCCGAAGGAGAGUUCAGCCAUAAUAGAUACAUCUGGUGGAAUCCUGUUUGCCCAAAAAUGUGUUCAGGAAGUCCAGAGGCUGUUCAAAGAUCUUGGAGGUGUAAUCGUCGAUUCUUGGCCUGUCACAAGCAUAGAACCUGGAGAUCCAUGGGUGCAAGUGAAGGGCCGUCGGAGUGUAAUCAGAGCCAAGAGCCUGGUGCUGUGUCCAGGACCUUGGGCAGCGGAGGUCCUCACACCUUUAGGCAUCGAUCUGCCAUUGAAGACUGUACGAUUAGGAGUAUAUUAUUGGAAGGUAAAGGAUUCCAAUUUUCCCCGCGGAACCAUUUGUGAUAUGACGGAUCCACAUAAUUUCUUCUAUGCUGUUUCACCACUAGAGUACCCUGGCCUUAUUAAAGUUGGACUCCACGAAGGUGUAGAGACAACUCCAAGCACAAGAGAUAGUAUAGAUAUGUCAGAUAUAAAAAGCAAAAUAUCCCAGUACAUCCAACAGCACAUGCCAAAUAUUGAGUCAGAGCCUGCUAUUGAAGAAUCAUGCAUGUAUACGGUGACUCCUGAUGAAGAUUUUGUUAUAGAUUACCACCCAGAACAUAAAAAUAUAGUGUAUGCUGUUGGUUUUUCAGGUCGAGGCUUUAAGUAUGCUCCUGCUAUUGGCGAGAUGCUGGCUGGAAUGGUGCAAGGUCAUGAUCCCAUCCAUGACCUACGUCCCUUCAGUGCUGCUAGAUUUGCCAAUUCAAGCCGAAGCUCCCCUGUUAGUAAAUACUAACAGCUCGUUGUUGGUCAUAGAGGUACCAUACCAUUCAUAGGGAAUAACAGUGCAAUACCAUGGCUUACAGUAUGCAUAAGAAAAGAAUAAUAAUGAAUUUUAAAAAUAGUGCAUUAGUUAGAGUAUAUUCUAAAAAUAGUUUAGGUGAUGUUAAGAACAAAUUUUGGGGCAGUUUGGGUAUAUGAGAUGCACUUUUAGGUCUAUUAGUAUAUAAAAGAGGUAAUAGGUCUGUUUGCUAGCAGCUCAAGGGAAAUAUUAGAUAUUCAUUAUAAAUAGUUUGUAAGGGUAACAAUAAAGAAUAACCACUGGAUACCUUAGUAACUUGCAAUAAGUCAAAGUGAAAAUGUGAAAACUAAUAGAUUAAUUCCUUACAGUACUUACACAUUUUUCACACAGGGAUUCUGGAUUUAUGGUGCUAUUUAUAUGUAAACUACCAACCAUAGUGUUAAAAAUGCUAUUGCAGUAUUUUCUUAAGGAUUUGUUAAUGCCAUAUGAUGGUGAGAUUCUGUCCAUUAAUAUAAAAUCACCAACAGUUACUGAAUAAAAAAUAUAUAUGCAUUCA